CAUCCCCAAGUGCAUCCGCACCAACAGCCUAAGCUUUCGCGCCGCCCGCGGCGACGGCCGAAGCUUCCGAUGGCCCGCCGCGCCGCGCGGCGCUUCGUCGCCGCCUGCGCCUUCGCCUGGGCCGCGGGAGGGGCCGCGGGAGCCGCGGAGAGCUUCGCGGUGCGCGGCGCUCAGAAGGCCUCGGCCUGGCGUGUGCUGGGGCUGAAGCGGGGCAGCCCCAAGGAGGACAUCCGCAAGAGGUACCGGGAGCUGGUGGUGACGGAGCACCCAGACAAGCGCCAAGACGCGAACGCCUCCGCACGCUUCGCGGAGAUCACGGCCGCCUAUCGAGAUCUCAUGGACCCCAAGCGUGAGGAAGGCCUGGAGGACAUGCAGUGGGACCUGGAAGCUGAGUUCCCGGAGCAAGAGGGGGAUGCGGACUCCCUGGUGGUUCUGAUCGCCAUUGUCUUGUGGGUUCUCAUUUUCGGAGUGCUGGCGGCCAGCCAGGACUUCCUUUCUUGGGAUAGUUGCAGUCGCCAGUGGGACUGGUGGUGCUACCUGAAGGGUGGCUGACUCCCUUUUCGUGUCCAUUGGCCCCUUAGGCCCCGGCACCAAGCGCUCGGCCCCAAGCGCUCUGGCAGCGGCUGCGUAGGAAGGCAAGGGGAGAGGUUAGAUGCAAUGCAGGUGCU